AUGCGGAUACCUUUCCGUAGGCGCCAUGGCGCCCGGAGCAGGCCGCAUCACCACCUCUCCUAUCUCCUCGCCAUCUCCUCCGUCACGUCCCUUUCCGUCGAUGCCAUAACCUUCACACCCGCGCCCGAGCCGAACCUCGACCUAUCACAACUUGGAAGCAUAGGCAUUGCCGGUGACUUCUCGGGUAUAUCUCUUUUCAAAUUUGAAGAGCAGACCGAGAAGCCUUUUAGCACAAAUGGCAGCGAGGCGCUGCUGGCUCGGAUGCCCAACGGUGCGUUUGCAUCGGUGGUCAAGACCGAUGCCUCGAUAAAAGCGAUGUGUCCCUUCGUCAUGAAGGACGGCACUUUGUCUGGGGUGGUAAUGGGUGGGGAUUUCACGAGCUUGGGAGACUUGGAGUCGCCUGCGAUUGCGCUGUUCAACCCCAACAGCUCCAAGGUCACACCGUUGUCGGGGUUGUCUGGCCAGGUCAACGCAGUGCUUUGCGACCAGGAGACGGAGACGGUCUAUGUCGGAGGGAACUUUAAGGGAGCGAACUCGACAAACGCCAUCUCUUGGGUCGGAACUUCAGGCUGGACCAGACUACCCUUUGCUGGGUUUAACGGGCCCGUCACGUCGAUUGUCAAGGCUUCCAACGGGAACAUCAUCUUUGGUGGACAGUUCACUGGCCUGGGGAACACGACGAACUCGAACCUCACGUCGGAGCAGGUCAUCAACCUCUCAGCGGCGACAUACACGACCGAAUCAUCUUCCACCCUGCCUGGAUUCAGCGAUCCCAAAAACAUCAUCUGCAAAACCAGUGGAGUGGACGGCCCGGGCAACACCUGGCUGUUGCAGAACACGGCUCCGGGCUCCCUCAAGGCCGAGUUCAAGUUUGGCUUCGAGCCCACCCGGUUGAGGUUAUACAACACGCACCAGGAUGGCCGAGGGACCAAGACAUUCCGGUUCACCGCCUUCCCCAUCAAUGGCAUCAUGAACUUUACCUAUAUCGACCCCAAGACCGGAAGCAAUGCCUCGUGCACCAGCGAGUGCCCGUUGAGCGACGACAGGAGCCUCAAGUUCCAAGACUUCCACUUUGUCAACAACGUGGGCAUGAAUGCCUUCCGGCUGGACAUAUCGGACUGGUAUGGUCAGGGCGGAGGCUUGAACGGCAUCGAACUGGUCCAGAGUGACAUGUUUGCCUAUGCCAUCAACGACUUCAACGAGCCCACCUGCUCAGGAUCCGCCACAAUCUCUUCAGCUUCAGCCACUGGCCCCUUCACGGUCUCCCCGUCCUUCCAAAGCCAGUCCGAGUACCUGACUGCCCAACUGCAAGCUCCCAUCUCCUCCAACUCCGCAUCCAUCACCUUUACCCCCGACGUCCGGCAAUCCGGGAACUACUCGGUCAACAUGUACACCCCUGGCUGUCUCCAGGACAAUACCUGCAAUACACGGGGACAGGUUAACAUCACAGUCUUUGCGCAGAGCGGCCAACCUGGUACCUCGAUCCAGCUCUACCAGACCAACAACUUUGACAAGUACGAUCAGAUCUAUUUCGGCUUCCUCGAGGCGACGAAUGGCUUCCGGCCAACCGUCCAGAUGACGCCUCUCAAUGGCCAGUCGCUUCCGACUAUGACUUUUGUUGCACAGCGCAUUGGCCUUACCCAGAUUAAUUCGACAGGCGGUCUCAACGGCCUGUAUGAGUACGAUCCCAAGUCGGCCGAACCCGCAGACAUCAGCUCCUUUGAGAAGUCGGCCUUCGACAAGCUCGGCUCCACGUUUGCUUCCAAAUCCGCCGUCCAUGCCUUGGCGACUGCCGGAGAUGUCACUUUUGUUGGCGGCAAUUUCACCUCGAAGGCUGUGAAGAACAUUGCCUCGGUCAAUAGCAAGGAUUCGACGACGCAAGCCUUGGACAGUGGUCUCAACGGCGCUGUAACCUCCAUGCUCAUCAACGGCACGAACCUCUUUGUCGGUGGCAAGUUCACCGCAACGGACGAUGGCAAGGUCAAGAAUCUCAACAACGUUGCCGUCUAUGAUACUGCCAAGAACACUUGGAGUGCCCUGGGCAGCGGUGUCAAUGGCGCAGUCAACUCUGUCGUGGCAUUGACUAUGAAUGUCACCAGCACCACACCCGAGGUUGUAGUUGCCGUGACUGGCGACUUCAAGGAACUUUCUGCCUUUGGCAACAACCCUGCUGUUGCUGCUAAUGGGUUUGGGGUUUGGGUCCCCUCCCAGAGCAACUGGCUUCGCAACCUCGACCUGCCCGUUGAGACGAUCAGUGGAGUCCUGUCGACCUCGGUCCUUCAAGUUCCCGGUGGCGAGGCUCUCUAUGCUGGCUCAAUCUCGUCGUCCUCGCUGAGUGCGAAUGGCGCGGCGAGCCUGGGUCAGUCGAUCAGCCGAUUCCCUGUCAAGAUCCAAGCCUCAUCUUCGACUCCGUCUCAGUCAUCGAAGACCAAGCGUGACAUCUUGACCAGCGGUCAGCCUUCGGGAGUCGUUACCGGCCUUUUCAACACGGACUCGAACCGUAAUCUCACUAUCAUGGGCGGUCACUUCACAGCAACCGGCACCGAUGGAUCUUCCAUCCACAACCUUGUUCUCAUCGACGGGACGAAGAACAAUGCAGUUACCGGACUCGGCUCGGGUGUCGCGGACGAUUCUACCUUUGUCACUAUGGCCGCUCAGAAGGAUAACCUCUAUGCUGGAGGCAAUGUGACCGGCACCGUCAACGGCGCCCGAGUGAACGGCCUCAUUUCGUACAACCUAGCCAGCAGGGCCUUCAACCCACAACCGCCCGCCCUAUCCGGCAGGAAUGGCACUGUCUCUUCGAUCGCGGUUCGCCCCAACAACGACGAUGUAUACGUCGGGGGCUCCUUUGCUUCUGCAGGCUCUCUAGGUUGCCCCGCUGUCUGUGUCUUCCGUACCGCGGUCGGUCAAUGGAGCAGGCCUGGCUUGAACUUGGACGGCACUGUCAACACUCUUCUCUGGACAAGCGAGACCAAGCUCGUUGCCGGCGGCAGUGUCACUGUCAACGGUAGCUCUACGACGACCUUUCUUGCUACAUACGACCCGAACACCCAGACGUGGGAUAGCUUCCCGGAUGCGGCGAAACUGCCCGGGCCAGUCUCUGUCAUGACGGCAGGCACCAGCGACGGCAGCCAGCUUUGGGUUGCAGGCUCUGCGCCCAAUGGUUCGGUGUACCUUAUGAAGUAUGAUGGCAAGACCUGGAACUCUGCUGGUGUCACCCUCGACGCGGGCACCGAGAUCCGCGGGCUCCAGAUCUUCUCGCUUACCUCGAAUCACGCAUCAAGCCCCCUGGUCGAUGCAAACAAGGCACUCGUGCUCACUGGCUCGAUCAAGAUCCCCAAAUUUGGGAGCACAUCAGCCGCCAUCUUUAACGGCACUACCUUUGAGCCCUACGUGCUUACGACUAACUCUGGCAACCAGGCCGGCACGAUCUCGCGCAUCUUUGUGCAGAAGGAGAACUUCUUCACGGUGGACAAUGGCAAGCACAUGCCCCUGGUUGGCGUGGUCCUCAUCGGACUGGCCAUCUCCUUGGGCUUGAUGCUCCUCAUCGUCGCCGCGGGCCUGCUGCUGGAUAGGAUCCGCAAGAAGAGGGAAGGGUACAUGCCGGCGCCGACGUCCAUGUACGACCGGAGCAGCGGCAUCCAGAGGGUGCCGCCGCGGGAGCUACUGGAGAGCUUAGGCAGGGGCCAGCCUGCCGCACCGAGGGUGUAA